AUGUCUGAUAAUAUCACACAUUCAACUGCCCUGGUGACAGCACUGGAUAAUGUGACAACUUUGUCCCCGACAACAACGCAGGCAAUCAAUGACACCAACAUCACUGUGCCACACAAGUGCCUGUUGUUGCUCUAUGAGGACAUAGGGAAGUCCAGAGUCCGCUACUGGGAUCUUCUGCUCCUGGUUCCCAAUGUGCUUUUCUUUAUGUUUCUUCUCUGGAAGCUGCCCUCUGCCAGGGCCAAAAUCCGGGUCACUUCCAGCCCAAUCUUCACUACGUUCUACAUACUGGUAUUUGUGGUGGCUUUAGUUGGUAUUGCCCGUGCUGUUGUCUCCAUGACUGUGAGUGCAUCUGAUGCUGCCACAGUUGCUGACAAGAUCCUGUGGGAGAUCACAAGGUUCUUCCUUCUGGCAAUUGAACUGAGUGUGGUGAUUCUAGGCCUUGCCUUUGGUCACCUGGAGAGCAAGUCGAGUGUGAAACGUGUUCUGGCAAUCACUACAGUGCUGUCUCUGGCAUAUUCUGUCACCCAGGGCACCCUGGAAAUCCUAUAUCCUGAUGCCCAUCUCUCAGCAGAAGACUUCAACAUCUAUGGCCAUGGAGGGAGACACUUUUGGCUCGCCAGCUCCUGUUUCUUCUUUUUGGUCUAUUCCUUGGUGGUGAUUCUUCCAAAAACUCCUCUGAAAGACCGGAUUUCUUUGCCCUCCAGGAAGAGCUUUUAUGUUUAUGCUGGAAUCCUGGCACUGCUGAACCUGGUGCAGGGCCUGGGCAGUGCCCUUCUCUGUGUGGACAUCAUAGAAGGACUGUGCUGUGUUGAUGUUACCACGUUCCUUUACUUCAGCUUCUUUGCACCUUUCAUCUAUGUGAAAAAAGCAUUCCUGAAAGGCUUCUUUGGGUCUGAACCGAAGAUCCUUUUCUCCUACAAAUGCCAGGUGGAUGAACCUGAGGAUGUGGAUGUGCACCUACCCCACCCUUAUGCUGUUGCCAAGAAGGAAGGAAUGGAUUCUGGGUUCUACUCAAGCACUCAGAUUGACACCACAGCCUACCUGGAUGAUGGCCUCUCUGCCAUAUCAUGUGGGCAGCAUCAACAGCACAGACAGUGA